AUGGCAGACAGUUACGGCGACGUAUUCCUCCUUCGGUUUGGAACCCGCAACGCCGUCGUUGUGUCCUCGCUCUCCGCGGCCGAAGAAUGCUUCACGAAAAACGACGUUGUUUUCGCCAACCGUUCUCAAUCACUUGCGGGGAAGCACCUUAAUUACAAUCACAAGACCAUAGGAUUCUCCAACUACAACGACCACUGGCGUAGCCUCCGCCGUCUGACAUCACUCGAGCUCUUGUCCGCAACCCGCCUUUCGACAUUCACCGGUAUUCGACACGAGGAGAUUAAGCUAACGGUGAAACAACUAUUAGAAGAACACAACUCGAGUAAUUAUGAAUUAUCUCAUAAUUAUACAAAAUGGACAAGAGUAAAGCUGAGACCAAAGAUCGUUGACCUUGUAUUCAACAUCAUGAUGAAGAUGAUCGCCGGAAAGCGGUACUACGGGAAUGAAGUUGUGGCAGAGGAAGCCAAGCAAUUUCAAUCAAUCAUAAGGGAGGCGUCGGAGCUUUUGGGGAGCGCAAACAUAAACGAUUUCUUGCCAUUUUUGCAGUGGAUAGAUUUUCAAGGCGUUGAGAAGAGGAUGAUCAAGUGUAUGAAGAAGAUGGAUAGCUUUUUUCAGAGCCUCGUUGACGAGCACAAGAAAAUAAUAACAGCGAGAGCUGAAACUGGGGCAAACGACGAUGAAAGGAACGUGACGUUUAUCGAGCUUAUAUUGUCGUUGCAGAAGCCGAAUCCAGAAGCGUAUGACGACGAGACGAUAAAAGGUCUUAUCCUGGCAAUGCUGUUUGCUGGGACCGAUACUACAAUACUCACAAUCGAAUGGGCAAUGUCACUUCUUUUGAAUCAUCCAAACGCAAUGCACAAUGCUUGGGCUGAGAUAGAAGGUAACGUAGGACAUGACCGCUUACUCAACGAGUCAGACUUGCCAAACUUGCAUUACCUACAAAGUGUAAUCAACGAGACGUUUAGGUUGUUUCCAAGUAUUCCAAUCAUACCGCGCGAAUCAUCCGAUGAUUGCACCGUCUCGGGCUUUUUCAUACCAAAAGGGACGAUGAUGUUUGUCAACACAUGGACCAUUCAAAGGGAUGAGAAGCUGUGGGAGAAUGCAACUAGUUUUUUGCCAGAAAGAUUUGGAGAACAUGGUGCACAAGGUAUCAAUAAGUUACUUAUGUUUGGUGGGGGAAGACGAAUAUGUCCUGGGGCUCUUUCAGCUCGAAGAGUGGUGAGCCUGGCAUUAGGAUCCUUAAUACAAACCUUUGAGUGGAAGAGAAUUGGCGCGGAAGUAGUUGACUUGGCGGAGGAAGGAGGCCUUCACAUGUUGAAGGUCGAGCCGUUAGAGGCCUUGUGCAAGCCGCAGCUAACCAUGCUUCACACCCUCAACCAACUUUAGGCGUGUUUAGAGUUUUGGAGGCAUUUGCCAGAGCCACCAAUAAAUGACAAAGCUAUUUCAAGUACCAGUCUCUAUAGUAACCCAACAGAUUAUUAUCGCAGUCCGUCUGUUUA